AGGAGAAAUUGAUCGGUUUGUGUCCGGCUACGAUUCUACAGCAUUAAGUCUUUCAUAUAUCGGAACAGAGCUGUGAAAGAAGAACAACGGAGAAAGAUUAACCAGGUGACUCUAAGCCCAGGUAACCUGUCCAGAGUGAGCCCCCUCUUUGAGAAAGACUCCAGACCCCUUUGAGAACCUGGACAGGAAGAGGAUGGAAAUCUGAGUCUGUCAGUGAAGAGUUAACCUCCAGCCGGCGCCGCCACACCUCCCGACGUUCAGCCUGGAACCUGUUUGGGAGUGUCUCCAUUUCAACACAUAAAGGAAGGUCUGGUCUGUCUGGGGGAGUCUGUCCUCAGAGCUUCAGGUCAUGUUCUUCUCCGGACGCCUCUGCAGGUCAGCCGUGAUCCACAGCCGAAGGUUCAAACUCUGCGUGAGAAGUCCUGUCUGGUCCUCCUGCCUUGUCUCAAACUACAGCGACAAACACCUGGUUAAAGAUGGGUUUGUUCGCCACAGCUUUGGGCGGCCCGUUCUCUCCCUCCGGCUGCCUGCGGGUCACGAGGGCCGCUUCACUCUGACGCCGAUGCUGACCACAGUGGAAGACCUGCUGAGGGACAUCCGCGCCAAAGACCCCGGGAUUCACACCGCCGUGCUACUCAGUGACGAUGGUCAGAGAAUCUCACUCUGUACCUCCAUGGAAACGGUUCUCAACAAGGACUUCCAGCUCGUCCUCAAUGACACUACCUACAACAUCCGCUCACUUGGACGAGGCGCGUCUCACGAACACAUGCUGGGUCUGGAUGACAUGAAGUACUUGGUCCACCUUCUCCACUCGGCCCUGACUCAUCCUCAGCAGCUGCACAUCCAGCACUCACAGCUGCUGGUCAAACAGGAGGAUCUCCAGCAGCAGCUGCAGCCUCUGGAGAAGGUGAGAGUCCAGAUGGCAGUGAAGGCCGAGGCGAGAGCUUCCAUGUUGGGAUGGAUAGGACUGGCCUACCUGUCCCUGCAGGGGGGGUUCCUGGGAUACCUCACCUGGUAUGUGUUUGCCUGGGACGUGAUGGAACCAAUCACCUUUUUCAUUUCCUGCACGACCAGCAUGAUCUUCUUUGGGUAUUACCUCCUCACCAAGCAGGACGUCGUCUUCCCAGACAUAAGAGACCGUCACUUCCUGCUCCACUUCCACAAGAAAGCUGCACUCCAGAAGUUUGACGUUCAAAAGUACAACAAGUUGAAGGACGAGCUGGCAACGGUGGAGGCGGAUCUCAGGAGGCUCCGGAGCGCCAUCCAGCUGCAGCUGCCGGUGGACCAGAUCCAGAAUGACAGGAGCUGAGAGUUUCAGCUUCAUCAUCAGCAUCACGUCUGCACUUUGAGUCUUUUCCUGUUCAGUCUGCCUCGGCUCCAAACCAUGAAAAGACUUCUGAGUUUUAUCUUGAUUUGAGCAAAAACACUUUCGCUUAUCUGCUUGUAUUAAAAUGUUAAUGAGAACAUAAAUUAAUACAGUAAACAAUUUCCAACUCCAAUAUAAUCUUUAUUUAGUUAAAACUAAUUUUAUUUGAUAAAUGUUCUACUUGUUUUUAAGUAGGAAUAUUUUUACCAAAAUAAAGGAGAAAGUUAUGACAGAAAACUUUGAACUUUGAUGAGUUUUCACACCUGGAAGUGGAAAAUGAAAUCUUCGUCACUCUAAA